AUGUCCUUCUAACAAUCGCUCGUGACCGCUCGUGACCGCUUGCUGCGGUGGUGGCGUCCGGUUCGCGCUCUCGUGAAAGUCGGAGCACGCUCGAUGCCGUCGUACACAUGACAGGUUACGAACGUAACCAUGAGUGAUGUCUUCGCGAUUGUGAUUUUCGCGAUAUCGGGACGAUAAUUCGCACCGAUCUAUGUGAUGAUCCAACAAGUCAUCGCGAGCUCGUACCACCAUGAUCUCUGCAGCCCCAUUGAUUUCGCUGUUUCUCUUCCUGCUGAACGUCCGGGCGGGUCCCGUGCCACAUACUCCGAAACUGUUGGUCGUUUCCUACGAUGCGUUCAGAUAUGACUAUUUUGACAGAGAGCUGACACCAUUUAUGAGCCAGUUAAAGGCAGAGGGCACUUAUACGGAUUACAUGAUGAAUAUCUUUGUCACCAAGACCUUUCCCAAUCAUCAUACGAUGGCAACCGGAUUUUAUGCGGAAACACAUGGGGUUGUAGAUAAUGAAUUUUUUGAUCCUAGCAAAAAUAAUCUUACAAAAUAUUCAUAUGAGCUGUAUCAUUACAACAACAAUAUUUUACCUAUUUGGACGGUUAAUGAGAAAAGUGGCAGACGUAGUGGUACAAUGAUGUGGCCAGGUUCUGUGUUCGAAUAUCAAGGAACAUCACCUACCUUCGCACAAGCUUUUAAUGAUACAAUUCCAUGGGAGGAACGGGUCGAUGAAUUAUUAUCCUGGUUUGUACAUCCUACAAAUCCGAUUAACUUGGGGAUAUUGUACAUUGAAGAUCCAGAUUACCACGGUCACGCAGUAGGAAUAAACAGCCCUGAAUUUAAUGAAAUUCUCAAAAAAUUAGACAAUAUUACAAAAUAUAUGCAUGAUAAGAUUAAUCAUUAUGGCUUGACAGACCUUAAUGUGAUUCAUUUAAGUGAUCAUGGCAUGGCAUCAGUUACAAUGGAAAGAAUAAUAAAUUUAACGAAUUAUAUCAAUGCUAGUGAUUACAUAUUUGUGGGAUCUUCCCCAGGAUUACAUAUUUUUCCACAUCCUGGAAAAGAAGAGAUGAUUUAUCAGAAAUUGAAGUCUGCCGCAGAACAGACUAAUACAUUCAAAGUGUAUAAAAGAGAAGAUAUUCCAAAGAAGUAUCAUUAUGGCAAUAAUACUCGCGUAGGACCCAUUUUUGUCAUAGCUGAAGUUGGAUAUGCAUUUCAGAAUUUGUAUGAUGCUAUAGAAUAUUAUAAACAUAAAUUUAAUAUUACAGUUAAUAAUCGGACAGAAUUUGGGCUGCAUGGUUAUAAUAAUGAAGCUAAAGAUAUGCAUCCAUUUUUCUUUGCGAAUGGGCCAGCUUUUAUGCCAAGAUGUAAAUUAGAACCUUUUAAUAAUACAGACUUAUUUCCUUUAUUUUGUAAGAUACUUAAUUUAAAUUGUCCCAUGGUUAAUGGUACUUUAUCUCAUAUAACAAAGUGCCUUAGGACACAAUCGAAAGAUGUAUCAAUACCGACAUAUAAAAUAUUAAUUGCAGUUAUCAUAACCACUAUAUUAAUAGCAGUUUCAGUAUCAGCGACAAUAAUUUAUCGAAAGAAACGAAGAUCAGUAUAUAAUUAUAGGGAUUCAUAUUAUACACUGGGCGAAUAAAAUUACGUACAAUUAAUAUUAAUUAAUAUUAAAUAUGAUAUUAUUUAU